AUCCAAACGCGAAGAGAAGAGAGGUUCCUAUAUUUUGCUUUCUUUUCUUUAUUUCCCAUGACCAAAAACGUUGUCUCUCCUCUUUCCUUUUUCCCCUCGAGCUUCGAAAAAAACAGCUAACCAAUUAGAGUCCACUUCUCCAUCUUUCCCGCCAUGGAUGUCCUACACUCAGCUUCUCGAUUCUAUCCGACUCGCCCUCACCGUCCAUUCACACCUCUUCGCAACCUCUCUCGACGAUUCAUCCUCAGGUCGAGCCUUCCAUUUCCGGAGCAGAAAGCCAAGUACCACAGAGAGCUCCGAGCCUCUGUCGAUGCUGUCGAGAGAGCUUGUCGUCUCUGUGUGGACGUGCAUAAGUCUCUGUUCUCUACUGAUGGACGGGUCGUUGAAAAGACUGAUCUAACUCCGGUCACAGUGGCGGAUUUUGGGGUUCAGGCAUUAAUUAGCUUGGAGCUGGGUAAAUUGUUUCCUUCCAUUCCCUUGGUGGCUGAAGAGGACUCAGCAUUUGUACGUUCAAAUAAUCUGGAAAAUUCUGUUUUAAAUGUGGUUACUGAUAAAACAAGCUUCAGAGAUAAACAAUUGACACAAGCUGAUGUAUUGGAAGCAAUUGACAGAGGGGGCAAGGAUGCCUUUACAUUUGGACCUAAGCCUGCCACUUAUUGGGUACUGGAUCCUAUUGAUGGGACAAAAGGUUUUGUGAAAGGUGGUGAGGCCUUAUAUGUGGGUUGCCAUGGUGAUCUUAUGCUAAUUUUAGAAGAAGGUUUGGCUCUUGUAGUCGAAGGAGAGAUUGUAGUAGGAGUCAUGGGCUGCCCUAACUGGCAGGAAGUUUAUUCCAACAAGUCCACCAUUGAAGUGCCAGAAUAUGAAAAGAUUCUAACUGGAUCAGGCAUCAUUAUGUUUGCCCAUGUUGGCUGUGGAACAUGGACAAAGAGGUUGUCAGAUGCUCUGAGUGGCAUGGCCAAGAUGUCCGAUAGUUGGACUAGAUGCUCUGUGGAUGGGCUUUGCUUAGUUCCUGAAGCACGCAUUUGUAUUUCGGAUAAUCAAACAUGGGAGACUUGGCCACUAUCGGCUGUAUUUAGCGCAACAACCAAUGCUGAGACUAUUGAGAAUAAUCAAAUUCUUCUUCUGCCUAUAUGCUGUGGAAGUUUGACGAAGUAUUUGAUGGUGGCCAUUGGUAGGGCAUCUGUUUAUAUUCAUCCUGCAAGGCUUCAAAAUGUUAUCCAGUCUUGGGAUCAUGCUGUUGGAAUAAUAUGCGUGCAUGAAGCAGGGGGAAAGGUGACUGACUGGAGAGGGAGUAAACUUGAUCUUGCAGCAGAUCAGACGGAGCGGAGGGUCAUAUAUCCUUCAGGUGGCAUCCUUGUGACAAAUGGCAGCUUACAUAGUAAGAUAGAAGAGAUGAUCUCUUCUAGUUCAUUAGUCGUUUGAUGGUAUUCGGCACUAACACCUGCUGUAUGUUUGCCAUCACCAUUUUCAAAUUAAGAUGUGAUUCUUCAUUCCAAAUUUUUUUAUUAGUUCCAUUCAUUUCAAAUCCUCAAAUUCGAGAAAUGUAGUCAAAAUUGUUCAUGUGUACUGUUGUUAACCAGUAAUAAUAUGCACAGUUGAAACUGUUACAAAUUCCAGACGUGGUUUCUUGGAUGAACUAGGGAAACUAACAAAAGGUUACCCCACAACAUCAUAGAGGAAGAAAUAUUAUUAGUUAGUUAUGGCUGGUUAUGGCUAAUUAGUGGCACAGCUGAAGUGUAGUCCACAUUGCGAACUUUCUUGUGAUGCACUGAGCACCAUAUGCAAUCUUAGCUGCCUAAUGUGAUUUUCGAAAGGGUUUUACAUGACAAAAAUAAAAUAAACAGCUAAGAAUGUUGAAAACUUUUAGCAGAGAGAGAAAACAAGGCAAUGAGCUGUAAAGAUGUCAAAACAUUAAUGCACGUUAAGGUCCAAAACUAUUAAUGAAAAUAACUUUGAACUCAUAAUUAGUUGUUAGGACCAUCAUUAGACAUUGUAUUGUGUUAUUGGCCAAAACUUCAAAGUCCUGUCUCUUCUGAAUAUCUAACCCUCUGAAGACGAAGUCCUGGAAUUGGUUUCGGUUGCUUGGAAUAACCUGAGCCCCCUUCAUUCUCAAACUUGCAAGGGACGUUAGUGCAUGAAAUGUGAAUUCCUCAUCAGAAGCACCAUGUUUUCUUUCUUGAACUGAUUUUAUAUCUUUUAUAAAAGUCAGAAUCUUGGAUAUUUCAUGAGAAAUUACUCCUUGGUGAAGACAAACUGAUGAGUAAUAAUUCUUGCAGUCCCAGACUUUAUGCCUUGUCCAGUUCUGUGAGUAUGGUAAUCACAAACCACCAAAUGUUGGACAUCAAGAACCUGGCUGGUUUUAUGGCUUUAUUAGUGCUGGCAUAUCACCUAAAUUUGAUGUUAGCAUAUUGUCAAGCAGUCGUGUGGAGGCAACAUGUGCUCAGUCUGAAUUUGUGGCAACUUUGGAUAUAGGGUUUGUAGUGGUUCAUUUACCGCCCUAAUUUUAUUGAUCUAUUGAGGCAUUAACUGCUCCAAUGAUUUUAAUUGUUGGUUUUCUUCAAACUAGAUUGAAUAAUAGGACUUCCGUGGAUCACCCUUUGUCAUAUGGUUGGAAAAAAAAAUAUUGGUUUGAGAAUUAUAUUAAUUGGGAACAAUGGACCAAAAGGGCUUAUAUUAAGUUGUUAUUUACAACCUGAUACGUUAAUAUGUGGAGGCCAUAGUUUUGUCUGUGCACAAGGUGAUUUUAUCCAUUGGGAGGUAUAUCAUAUCAACAUACAUGUGACUUCAUAGAAGGAAGGUUUUUCAAUCUUCAUGGCUUCGAUCUUAUUAUUCCUUUUCAGAGAUAGGUCUUCAUUUUUUGCCGGAAGCAAAGUUACUGGGCUGAUACUCAAGGUACAUUUCUUUCCCAUGUGGUGUAUUAUUGUCUAAUAAUGAACUUGCUUUCAAAGACCUCACAUGGUUGAUUACAUCAAGUUGGUUGAUGUAACUUCAAUUUUAGAAAGUAGUAAGCAGAGUUAAUAAAAUAUCUGGCUUUUCCAUCAGUUGUUGGAUAAGUUUAAGCUUGGUUAUGUACAUGAAGUUAUAUGUCUUGUUACAGCUCCAAGGAUAACAUUAAUAUUAUGGUUUUUAAUGCUUUUAUGAUUUCCAGGUAGUUGUUUUUUCCCCCUAUUAGUAAUGUGCUGAAAUAUUAAAUUAUCUCUUGAUUGUCAUGAUGAUUAGAAAGGUAAAUUUUGUUUGGGCAGUAUUCUUACCUAUAUAUGAUAAUCUUUGUAGAAUUAAAUUUACCAUUCUAUUGAUGUAUUAAACAGAAUAAAAGAGUUACUACAAACGAUAUUUACAUCAGCAGGUGCCAGGAACAUAUGAGAAAUGGUCUUCAUUAUUAAGUUUUAGAUGGUUUUAGACGAAAUCAAAAUUGAAUAUAUUAGAUGGUUAUAGAGCAGAGAGGUAAUAGUCCCUAACCAAAUUAACCGAAAUGCACAUAUUUCAAGGGAGACGGAGUAAUUUAUUUAUUUUAUUGUUAUAAUUUUUUGUGUGCAUGGGAGGAGCAUAUAGGGUCCCUUCUGAACUUCACCCGAAAGGCAUAAAUGAGUUUACUUGGAUGCUUGAGUUGCAAAAUUAUAGAAACCGAUUUACUUUAGUAGCUUCUACAUGCAUUUGUUCCAUGGUUGUCAAAAUUGAAUCCCAUCAGCCCAAUAUGCGUUUUCGAAGUUCUGGAUCGAAACAUGUUUCUCUAAAAAUUUUGAGUUACUUGCAGUUAAACAAUGAUGAUGUUGUAGAUCCUCAAUUUAUCGGUCAUCGUUGAUGAUGUGGUCAUUGGCCAAUUAGAUUCUAUGUUUAUAUGAAUAUCAACCAGUUGUCCCUUCUUACAUGUGAAUCUUAGUAAAUUUGUUUGAACAUAGUGUACUGUUGCUUGCAUUCAACUCAAGCUCACCAUAACCAAUCCAUGUGUGGAGGCACCAAGUAUGAAAAAAAACAAGUAGAUUGUCCUUUUUCAGGUUGGAGCUCGUGAACCUGGCUCAAUUGAUCGCCAUUCCAGAGAAUUCAACUGUCCACGUGUCCCAAAUCGCUUACGUUGGAUGCAAAAGCAACGUGAGGACCAGAUUUUCCGGGAAAAUUCUCGACGCCAAAUAAGUGCCAGGUCGUAUUCUUCUCUAGCCUUGCUUUGAUCAUCAUUUCCAUUAGAGUAUUAACUAUUGUGGACUCAGUAUAGACUACAUAGUUUAUAAACAAAUAUGCAUGAGAUUGCUUAUAAUAAUGUGACCUUAGCAUAACAUCCACAAAGCAUAUAUAAUUUGCAUGGGGUUGCUUAUAAUAGUAACGUUGGCACACCAUCCACACAAGCUUUGGAUCUCGUAUCCCAGAAAUAGCUCUAAACUAUGUGAAAACAGUGUGUUAAAUAAAUGAGCCUGAGACAAUAACACGUCUGCUUAAUAUUCAACGUUUGUUGGAGCAAUCUAACAGCUCACAACAGAAACUAACAACAUUUAAAUCAUCUACCUAAUACAUAUUUAUAUAUAUCUAUCACACACACAUACACAAACGCAUACACAUUUAUAUCUCUGCUGGUCAACUUUAAGACGUAGGCAACUUAUUCCGGUAACACUGCACAAGAACAUCCUAGAUUUUGGACAAGUAAUUACCUGAUUCGGUAUAAAAUUUAGUCAUGAAUUCCUUAAUUUAAGUACAAACAGUAUGAAUAAUCUGUAUGACAUCUAUUCUGGUUAAUUAUAUGAUAUUGGUGCCUGUAAGACCCCAGACACGGGGACAUUAGCCUAAUAUUUAGGAUAUGUUUAAUUGAAGUCGAUCAUGCUUAUCCUCUUAUUCUUGUAGUCAAGAUUUAUAAUAAGAAAUGUUAGCGUAUGGUUCAAUCACUUUGUUAAUAUGUGUGGAUUUAUAAUUAGGGUAAAAAUACAUCGAAUUUCCCUAAGGUUUGAACAAAUUAUAUAAUUGUAGACCUUACUUUGCCCUUCCCUAAACCUGUUCGUCGAAUGCUGGAAAGUAUUUUUAAAUGUGAAAAGUCAAUAAUGGCCUUAUAUUAUAAUAAUAUUUUAUAUUACAACACAUGAGUUUAUUGUUGUCUUUUUUUUUAUAUGAAAAGGGCAAAAUUGUCAUUUUAUAUAAUUUGGUUGAUAGGUUUAUAGCAAAGAAAAUACUAAAAAUGUUAUUGAACAUAUACACCAAAUUUAAAAAAAAAUUAAAUUAAAAUAAUAAACGUUAAACAAUUUGUAUAUAAUUUGUUCAAAUCGAGGGUAGUAUAAACUACCCUUGUAAUAUAACUAUAAGAAAGGGGGGAUAAACAUGGUGAUGGGUUUGGGUCAAUUAUAAAAAGUUACUAGAUAAAAGAAGUUAGGACAAAUCUAAGUAGAUGAAUAAAAUAAUAAUUGACCAUGCCCUUUAAAUUGUAGUAUGUGAAGGUACGUGGACGCGAAUUAGUCACAUGUGCACAUGAUUCACUGACCAAUGAACAAGGAUUCAAAAAAGUUGUAUAUUUUUUACUUUUCCACAAAAAAAUAUAUAUAUAUAUAAACAAAAAUAGUAGGCGCCUGACUGUGAUGUAAACAAAAGCAACAUAUUGGGUACUGUGAGGACACCUGUUCAGAAUUCUUCAAUUUUCAGAUAUUUAAAUUACCCAAGUGUCCUCAUAAAAACUGACAGAUGGCACUCAAAUACAAGUACGUAGUUUACCAUUAAGCAAAAUGAUAUUUUAUGUAAACAGAAUUUACCACACGAGUAAGAAUCUCCUGCCGUUCGUUGUUACACCGGUGCUGUAAAAAAUUUCUAACACAAUUAAAUUUAAUUUCUAAAACUAUAAAUAUUAGUGUUGGAAAGAGAUUUUAGUGUAAAUUGGAUUUUACCAUAUUAUUUUUAGGAUAUGAUAUUACUGUGUUAAAAUUUUAUUUGUGCCGUUAAAAUACUAAGGAAUAAAUAAAGUAAUACUAGUAAUAAUUAACGUUUGAUUUAAGAGACUCACAUAAAAAAUUGUACGGAUUUAAAUGUUGGAAAAUUGACAGCAAGUUGCAACGUGGCAUAAUUUUGAUAGGCUGAUAAUUGGUUGAUUUUCUAUGAUGGUGGUCCUAGUAAUAGGGAGCUAUUGUCUUUUGACACGUACAACGUAAAGUUGCUGUUAAUAUCAAAUAAAUUAAACAACAGUACAACAAUUUAAUGUGUAUUUAUGUCCACAAAAUUUAUGCGGAGUGGGAUCCAUCGGCUCAUGCAACAAAAUAGUUUAUUAUAUUAAGCAACCAGAUAUGUAUCACAUAUAUAUAUAUAUAUAUAUAUAUAUAUAUAUAUAUAUAUUAUAUUGUAUUAUAUGAUGAUAAGUUGACGAAAAUGUUCAAUGAUGUACCAUCGAGUUGGUGUCCUGUUUAACGCAGUUAGUGAGCUAGUGGCAUUCGGCUUUCAGCCGAUCAAUUUUGGUCCUCUUUUCUGGGAGGUAAUUAAACUCACUUUGAACUAAAAUUUUGAUGUUUUUUGUAUUUUUGUUUUUCCCCCUUCCGGGUAAGGAAAAAAUUUCGAAGGAUUUAAAUCUUUGCCUUUUACUGUAGAAGAAUUUUUCAUAUUUUAAUUGGUGAAACUUUAUCACUGAAAAUUGGUUAGGGUUUAUUAUUAUAUUUGUGAAAUUUCAGUAUUACAAUAGAUGUUAAAGUAAAUUUCAGGAAGUUGUACUGUGUAAAAAGUGUACCGGAAAGGACUUUGAUUGAGAGAUUAGUUGGAUUUUGUUUGAAUUCAUUUUUUCUUAUUUUCCAUCUUGUGUUGCUGGAUCUGACCGUUAGUCUCGGGUCAAUUAACACGUAAUUAAAUGCGUUCUCUUUAUAUCAGUUUUAUUCAAUUUUUUUUAUUUCCGUAUAAUCUAAUAAUUGAUCGGGACCAAUGGAUCAAAGACUAGACAAUAAUUAUUUCAUCCUACCCUACAUGUGGUGACAAACAAGAACAUGGAUCAUCUCCGAAUCACCCUAGAUGUGGGUCUAUGUUCGAUACGAAAAUCACACCUUAUAUGAAAUGAUCUUCACCUUUUCUGUAUGAAACAAAAUGUUGAGCAUAAGAUUGGGGGGUCGUCGAUACCUGGGUAAGAGAUGGAUGGGACUAUGACAUAAAGCAAGGCCUAGUGCCCUUAUGACCAAGUAAUGGUACUUACUGAAGCACAUUAUGGCAUUUUCCAUCCAUAACUAUCAAAUGUCAUUUCCUUUGAUUUUUUUUUUUUUUUUUCUUCCUUCGUGUUGACAAAACCUUCCUCAAAUUUUCAAAAUAUUUGACAAUUCUUGUUGUUCCUAGUUUAUAAAUUGUAAGGAUUAAAAUGAUGAUACUAAUGGAAACUAAAUUUAGUAUAUGGUCUAAAUUAAAAUGAUGAUACUAAUUGAGACUUGUCAUAUUCAGAAAAUGUUAGUGUACAUAAAUGAUAACGAUAGAAAGGCAAUAGACAAACCUAGUUUGUAAGUUUAUUUUCUACCAAAGUAAGUCCUCUGUAUACUAAUGUCUAUUUUUUUACACUUUUAUAAGGUCAUUUCAAGAUGAAAGGUAGAAUCUAAAUCACACAAUCUUUCUCAACAUAUGUCGUUCUUACGCUCUAUGCACAUUUUUGUUCUCAUUCAAAUUCUCACUGUUUAUGACUUAAUUCUACCGUUCUCACUCUUCCCUUUUAAAUUCGCUCUCGCUUUCACUUUAUGUGACUUAGGAUAAAAUAGGUUAUGGCUCAAAUCUUGUUUUGUGUUGAACAAAAUAAAAAUAAGUGAUAUGGAGAGAAUUUUUUUUUUUUUUUU